UGUUCUGCAAGCUUACUGGCAAAACGUGAAUCUAAAAUGAAUAUCCUGCCUGCAACAGCGAUGGUAUGCAUUCUGCUGGCAUGCAGAGUCCGGGCUGAGUUCGAAGACCAGGAACUCAAAAUGGAAAGACUGCCUGUGAAUGGAACGGAUGACAUAGUUCCCAAACAAGAAGUAUCAGGGAGUGGAGCUCGCAACGGCAAGCGAACUGACUACUGCGGUGGCGGUUUAUACUGCCAGACUGGUACCUACUGUUGCCAUAACGGCGGCUGCUGUAGAAACGGCUGGUCGUGUUGUUCUGCCACCACAUGCUGUGCCGGUGCCGCGGGGCUAGCAAUGUCUACACUGGGACACGUCAUGGUGAUACUGAUGUGUAUCUUUGGCUACUUCGUUGCCAAUUUGGACACGCACAAUAUUAUGUAAGACUGUAGCGGCGAAAAAUGGAGACGAUGCAUCAAGUAGCGUCCCACCACAUGCAUACAUAUCCAGCUGUGCAAAGAAAGAUGCUAGUGUAUAUAAUGAAAUAAGCGUACUGUUAUAUUAUAUUUAGCCUUAGUCGCGAAAUGGGAAAUGAACUGUGAUAUUUUACGUUACCCUUUACUAAAACACGUCAAAGAAUUAGCAGGAAAACUUUACUCACACUUUAGUUUGCUUUUUCACUUGUUGUUAUAUCGUGUGUUUUAUUUCAUGCACUGUUAGAAUCCUCUUUAAUAUCACAUGUAAUGCCAUGUUUCCAGUUUGUUCAUACCAUGGCAGGUUUAUACACCAAAUGUUUCAGCCAUCCUGGCUUUAUACUCGACCUGCUUAAUAUUCCGUCCGGGUGCUCCUUAUUAAACGCCUUAUCCUAUGUCUUUACGCCUAUCCGUCCGUCUGUCUGUAGCUUAAAUUUAAAUAUUGUUACAUUUAUGGCCCUUUGUCAACGUAUGAACAUUCAAAGACACUGAAAAAAGCACAUAAGCAUCAUUAUAAUUAUGGCAAUGCGAACUUUUGCGUAGGACAAGAAUUAUAAUCAUGAGACUCAAUUAUCUAAAUUACCACUAUCGCUUAGAAAAAAUGCUCAAACACAAUAUAGCAAAAACAGUUAAUGGAAAUUGAAACAUAAUAAAUGUAUGCAAUAAUGUCCAUCCUUAGACUUUUAAUAAUAAUAUUCAACUUGUUGACAUAUGUUAAUAUGUAUUUCGUAACCGAUAACGAUGCAAACUUAUAUUGUUUGAGUAGAUUUUAAUUUCGCCUCAACAUUAGAAACCCUGGGAUCCGUUUCAUAAAAAGGACCUUAGUUGUAACAUCAAUAAUAUUAAAUCUGUAAACACGUCGAAUAUGGCAACAAGUUGUUUAUAUUUUUUCCAUUGUCCAUUCUAUGUUUUCAUUUAUAAUACUGGCUAUAGUUUAAAGUAGCCAUAUAAUAUGCCAAUAUAUAGAUAAUGAAAUUGUACGACUAAAAUCGUUAUCGUUAUCGUCUUUGAUAAUAUUUUGACUUUAUUAAAGGGUUUAGUGU